AUGGACACGGAGAAGGAUAUCGGUGUAGAAAUCGAACUAAAUACCGUGCUGCAACAUCCGUUGCGCCGUCGCGUACGCCGUUUGCUGUCCGCCAAGCAGCUGUACGAGUGUCUGCGUCCGCUAUUUUGUGUCACAUAUUUGUACGGACUGACAUCGUUUUACAUUAGCUGCCAGGAUGCUUCUGGGCAGAGGGACAUCAAGAAGUCCUGGUUCGCAUACUUUAAUGGCAUUGUGCAUAUCGUUCUAUAUUCCGUCUGCUACAUUCUGACCAUUAACAACAAUUGCGAGUCCGUGGCCAGCUAUUUCUUUCGCUCCCGGAUCACAUAUUUUGGCGACUUGAUGCAGAUCGUGAGUGGCUUCAUUGGCGUCACCGUCAUCUAUCUGACGGCCAUCAUACCCAAACACCGUUUGGAGCAGUGCCUGCAAAAGUUCCAUACCAUGGACGUUCAGCUGCACAGCGUUGGCAUCAAGAUUAUGUAUAGCAAGGUGCUACGGUAUAGCUAUGCGGUCAUGAUCUCCAUGUUCGUUGUGAACUUCGGCUUCUCGUGGGGCACCUUUGGCGUGUUGUACUCCUCCGAUGUGACUCCGACUCUGGCUUUGCAUUUUACAUUUAUGAUCCAGCAUACAGUCAUUGCAAUGGCCAUUGCCAUGUUCUCUUGCUUCACAUAUCUGGUGGAAAUGCGCCUCGUCAUGGUUAACAAGGUCCUUAAGAAUCUCGCUCAUCAGUGGGACACACGAAGCAUUAAGGCCGUCCAGAAGCAACGCUCGCUGCAGUGCCUGGACUCCUUUUCGAUGUACACAAUUGUCACCAAGGAUCCGGUCGAGAUAAUACAGGAGUCCAUGGAGAUACAUCAGUUGAUCUGUGAGGCAGCUGCCACGGCGAACAAAUACUUUACCUAUCAGCUGCUCACGAUCAUUUCAAUUGCGUUCUUGAUCAUCGUCUUUGAUGCUUACUAUGUGCUUGAGACCUUGCUGGGCAAAUCGAAGCGGGAGAGCAAAUUCAAGACCGUGGAGUUUGUUACGUUCUUCUCAUGCCAAAUGAUAUUGUAUUUGAUUGCGAUCAUUUCAAUUGUUGAGGGCAGCAAUCGGGCCAUCAAGAAGAGUGAAAAAACUGGCGGCAUUGUGCACUCGCUGCUCAACAAGACGAAGAGCCCGGAGGUCAGAGACAAGCUGCAGCAGUUCUCCAUGCAAUUGAUGCAUCUGAAGAUCAAUUUUACAGCGGCAGGACUCUUUAACAUUGAUCGUACACUCUACUUUACGAUUAGCGGUGCUUUGACCACCUAUCUCAUCAUUUUGCUGCAGUUCACAUCGAAUUCACCGAGCAACGAGAGUGGAAAUGGAUUCGACUGUUGUGAAGCGUAUCAUAAUAUGACGAACCGUACAAUUUAG